GUUGUGGGGCGUUCAGUGCGCUGUCAACACCGUGCGUAAGACUCCAAAUUACAAGCAGACAGCGUGGUAUCGGCUUGGAGAAACAAGUAUGAUGGUGCUCGACCUGAUAAUUUGUAAUGAGCAUCCCAAUAAUCCAACUGCGGAAUUACCAAAAUUCCUAUUUGAAUCUCUGAAAACAGUCAUAGAUUUUGGCAUUGGCAACGAUUAAGAGGUGUGAAUCCCUGCGAUAUAUAUAAAGCAAGUGAAGGCAGCAUUACCGGAUGUCACGUUACAGCUCCGCAAGUGUUUUUAAAAAAGCGGCGGUUGCUUCUCGACCACCUUCGGGUGAAACAAUAGCAAUCUUUCUUUAUUGUAGCGUUCCUACACAGAAACAUAUAUAGGAUUCCGGUGUUUUACGGUAAAGCUGUGUGCUCCUUUACUGCAUCAAGAUCAUGCAGCAGCACGCAGAGAAGCUAGACCUUCUGGGCAAACUGUGCCCUGGUGAUAAGAAGCUGGAGGGGAUGACCUUCUAUUUGGAUGGUGUAAAGAAACGCCCAACAGCCCUGCUUUUGGAGGCCAUAUGUCUUCUAGGAGGGAGAGUUGAAAGUUUUCUGCACAAGGAUGUGAGUUUUGUUGUGACUGGAAGCCAAGAAGGCCAAAAGGAGCAGAAGUGUACAGAUAUCAAUGGAGGGGCAAAGCGAAUGAAUGAAGAAGCCCAACGUCUUAUUAAACAGCGGGAGACCAUCCUCAAAAAUGACAGACAGCAACCAGUAACUCCUAGACCAAUGGCGUGCGGCAGCCGGGGAAAGGCCCUGCUUGAAAAAGCUAUUAGCAACAAUGAACGACUGCAGGGGAGCAGCGUUCUGGCCAAUGCCCGAUCGUGGGGAGUGAAGAUUUUGUAUGUGGAUGAUGUCCUUUUGUAUUUGAAAAAUACCAGCUAG